CGUGAAACCAUUUAAAAAUAAAUCCAUUAUUCACUGUCCAUAUCUUAAUAAAUCGAUCGAUUUUAAUGCAUUUUUACAUGCAUAUGUACAAAUCUAGUAUUUUUCCGGUUACAUGCGGUCUUCCACAAUAACACGCUCUCAACUGGCUUGAAUGUAUUUUCGUGCUAUCUACACAUUGCUGCAAAGCCGAACAACUGCUUCAGCGACCGCAAUCCUUUCUAGACGCAGUAUGGCCUGCAGCCGCUACGAAUAUGUAAAGUCCUACGAACAGGAUGACAGUAUAUUGCCCAAUGUUUGGAUUGUCAUACGAAUCGAUGGUAAAAAGUUUCACAAAUUCUCCAAAGUGCACGACUUUGAGAAACCCAAUGAUGAGAAUGCGCUAAACGUAAUGAAUGCCGCUGCCGUUACGGUAAUGCAGGAGUUCCGAGACAUUGUGCUGGCCUAUGGGCAGAGUGACGAGUACUCCUUUGUGUUUCGCAAAGAGACGACGGCAUUCAAACGUCGUUCGGCCAAACUACUGACCUAUGUGACCAGCUUGUUCUCCUCGUCCUAUGUACUGCGCUGGCCGCACUGGAUGUCCCAACCCAUGGCCUAUGCACCCUGUUUCGAUGGACGUGUCGUACUCUAUCCCUCCGAUGAGAAUCUUCGCGACUAUCUGAGCUGGCGUCAGGCUGAUGUGCAUGUGAAUAAUUUAUACAAUACGGCGUUUUGGAAACUGGUACUGCAAACGGGUCUGAGCAAUCAGCAGGCGGAGGAACGCUUGCGUGGCACAUUUUCGGCGGAUAAGAACGAGCUGCUCUUCCAAGAGUUCGGCAUUAAUUACAACAACAUGCCUGCAAUGUAUCGCAAGGGAACCAUUUUAUUACGCAAACGAGUUGUGACCGGAGAGCUGCCCGACGAGAAGUGCCGACAGGCGAUUGUGCCACUGCACGAGGAUUUGAUAUCGGCCCAAUUUUGGAAAACGCACAGCGAAAUAUUGGCCAAUAAAUAUGUGCCGGGCACUCAUAAUGCAACUGAACCGAUGUCGCGCCUUUUGUCAGAACAACUAAAAAGUUUAGAAGCGCCCCUAGAGCAGCAAUUAAAAAACAAUGCUAAAAUAAGUUGAACUGAACUUAAGGCAAUAGUUUUGUAUAGCAAUUAAGAGCCGACCUAGUGGGUUUGUGAUAUUUAUAAAGAAACCAACUGUUUGACAAAAUAAAAAAUGGCUAAAUACAUGAAGAAAUAAAA